AUGAUCGAAGAGACAGAAAAGAAAUUCUCCGUUACGCAAGUGAAGUCGCUUCGGAUCUCCGCGUUUGAUUCCAAAUGGGGUACCUUAACGAUUCAUAAAGGGCUUCUUCUCUUCACGGUCGACGCCAAUCAAGACGUGGAAGGAUUCUCCAUCAUUUCAUCGCCCACUCCCGUUCAGUCCCUUCCCGCCAUUUUUUCGCUUCCUCUCUUCCAAUGCGUCGCUCUGUACAAGCGAACGUAUUGCUGUCAGCAGAGCGCGCUGGAGCUUUUCUUCCGCCAAGGAGGAUUCACCGACUCUUUAUAUCUGUUCUUCACGGAAAGAAAGAUCCGAGAUCGCGUAUAUCGCAAGAUCGCCUCGCGUCUUCCCGAUUCAGCGAUCGUGCAGAAGCUGAGCGAGUCAAACAUCGAUUUAAUCAAGCGACUGAAGCUCGACAUUCAAUGGCAAUCGGGACAGCUCCCCAAUUUUGAUUAUCUAAUGCAGCUGAACAUCGCAGCCGGGCGUUCCAUUCAAGACAUCACGCAUUACCCGGUGUUCCCUUGGAUUCUCAAACGAGCCGACGCCUUUUUGGAUCUCAACGAUAAAUGGAACUAUCGAGACCUGACGCUGCCGAUGGGCGCGCAGACCGUUCGUCGACUCAAUCAAUACAUCGACCAGUAUGAAAUGAUGGCGGAGCUGUCGUCUCCCGAUGAUUUCGCGCGCGCUCGUUCUGCCACUCUGGACGGAAUGGACGAUCAGAUUCCUCCUUACUAUUAUGGCUCGCAUUACUCCACGCCGUUGGGCUGCGUUCUGCACUACCUUCUUCGAAAAGAGCCGUUUACCCAGCAGCAUGUGUUGCUGCAAGACGGUCAUUUCGAUGUUCCGGAUCGUCUGUUCUACUCGGCCUCGGUCACCACAAAGGCGUGUUUGGAAAACCCGCCCGAAGUCAAAGAGCUGAUUCCGGAGUGGUUCUUCGAUCCUCACUUCUUACUGAAUGAGAACCACUUGACGUUUGGAACCACGCAAGACAAUGUGGACAUUAACAACGUCGCGAUUGAGAGCUCGCCUUCGUUGUUCAUUUCCCAGAACCUCCGAGCCCUGGACUCUCCGAUCACAUCCGCGUAUCUCAGCGAUUGGAUCGAUCUGAUCUUCGGAUACAAGCAGCAGGGAAAGCCCGCAGCGGCGAACUACAAUGUCUUCUUCUAUCUCACUUAUCCCGACAACUGCGAUGUGACCAACGUGCAGGACACCGCAGUGAAGACGUCCGUUCAAACACAAGCCACUCACUUUGGACAAUGUCCUCAACUCGUCUUCGAUUCUCCUCACAUCCGAAAGCUUCUCCCCAUCAAAGCGGCGCGCUCGCUUCGAAACGUUCUCUUCGAAACCCCCAGAGAAUCGAUCUAUCACGAAUCGCCUCGACGAUGGAUGGGUUCUCGCUGUCGGAUCCAAUCCAUCUCCGACUGGGACGCUUCGGCUCUGCAGUCGUGCGUCAGCACAGUCCAAAACAUCCUGGGUGAAGGGUUCAACGAGCCCGAUCGCAAAUCAGCGGAGCUUUCAUGGCCGCGCGAGAGCUCGUAUCCCUGGACAAUCACCGUCGAUAGCAUGGAUUACAUCGAAAUGACGCUGCUUCGUGUGGUGCUGAAAGUCCCCAACGCGCUCUCUUACAACAUCAAAAGCCAUUGCUUUGAAAUCGAAUACUUGAAUGAGCAGCGCGCCUGGACCCCCAUCGAAGUGAUCGCAGAGAAUUCCAUUCUGCAGCAGCCCAAUGUCAUCACGAUUCUCUCUUUCAAGACGAUCAUUACGCGGUUCUGGCGAGUUCGCAUCGUCGAUAUUCCCUUCACUGAACGCUUCCUCAAACUAGACGUGAACACAAAGCCGGUCUACACAUGUGGCGAUCGUUCCCGCGAUUCUAGCUCCAUUCCUACCAAUUCGUUCGUGAUCUUAUCGUCUCCAAUCGUUCGCCAUUUGGAUGUUAUGGGUCGACCACUCAUCCCACAUGUUCCUUCGAAAGAGAUCAAUCCAAUCGGCGCGGCGCUCGAAUUCAAACCAUCAUUAUCAGCGCUUUGGUAUACACGGGGCGAUCGAAUGAUCGAUAGGGACAACGCUUUGAUUGUUUCGGAUUCGCGCAGUGUGGCGAUGCAAGACGUCAAGACCAAGAAAGCCAGAGAGACGAUUUCGCUGCCUUAUCGCUAUUUGGUGUCUGUGCGUUGUCUGCAUCCUUCCUUGCCGCUUUUCUUUGUGGACAGCGGAAUGAGGGGUUGUGUCGAUUGUGUAACGCAGAAAAUGGAAAUUCGAACGUUGUCGUUACUCAAUGAAUCCAUUCGAUUAUUGGCUGUUGAUGACUCGCUUCUUGUGGCCGUCUCUGAGUAUGAGAACGUUUACUCUUUAUAA